GUCUUCGCUCGAGCUUUCAUCCCAGAGCCCAAAAAAGACAUUUUCUUUUUAGAUCCUCCCUUUUCUCCUCCUCCCGCUGGAGGUCACGGAUGUUUGGGAAAAUAUGUAGGUCAGUGGAGCAUUUCCUGCACUUGUGCAAAAACAAGAGAAGCGGGAAGACACUGUCGGGAGGGAGCGCUCCUUCAACCGCCACCCUCGGCAACUUUCUCUCUUGCCCCUCAACGAAGCUAAGCCUACUUUAUUUAUUUGGUUGGUUCCCGGACCGUGGGAGGCGAUCCGACGGCGCUUUUUAUGUCCGCGGUGACCCAUUUCGUCGCUUGCCUGUCGCCCCGCGGCUCUCGCUUGUCUCUGGCUAGAGAUUCCGGCUAAUUUCUCCCAAGCAGUAACAGCAGCGGCCGCGAGCACCAGGGAACCUCCCGCUCCAGCCGCCCCCGCCCUACUACAUUAAGAUCCCCGCGCUUCCCAUUCCCGCUGGAGGCACGCAGGCCACGCGAGCGAGCAGGCGCGAGAGGGCCCCCGAUGAUCUGAGCCCAGCCAUCCUUACUCUCUCCCGGGAGCGCCUGAGACGCUGCUGGGAGAAUGUCCCCUUCGGAUCGCCGGGACAGCAAGUUUCAAGCCAAAACGCCGCUGCUAGAAUCGGUGCGCCUACAACUUAAUGGUCUCCGAGAAGCCUGCGCUACCGACAGCAGCAGCAACAGCAGGCGCCACCGCCACCCCCCGGUGUCCAGCGUCCUCCUCGGGAGGCUCGCGGCCGCUUGCGCGUCUCUCCCGGGCUUUUCUUUCCGUCCCUCACGGGACUGCGCUGCCGGCGCUGGGAGGAAGCCGCAACACGGCAUGCGGCGUCCCCUCACAUCAUGAGAAAAAGCGGGCGCAGAAGUAACCGCGGCGACAGCUUUACCAACAAAUCUGGGUUCAAAAAAUCGCCGGAGCCCCAUUUCCCCGAAGCAUUGGCGUGCGCGAGGGAGCAUUUACCCGGCCCUUGGCAGGAGGGGAAGAACCGCAGAAGCUCAGGGGACAGUGGCCGAAUCAAACUCGAGAGCGGCGGAGAGGACAGCCCGCGGACCCUGGUCGCCACCGCGGAUAGCAGCAGCAGCAGUGGUGUUUGGCGCCUCCUGGGCACACGCGCCCACUUCUUCUCUCGGCAGGGGCACCUCAGAAAACGCUGUUCAGACAAUCUGAUGGAUGAGGAUGAGAAAGACAGGGCAAAGAGGGCUUCACGUAAUAAGUCUGAAAAGAAGAGACGUGACCAGUUCAAUAUUCUCAUUAAGGAGCUAAGUUCAAUGCUUCCUGGAAACACACAUAAAAUGGACAAAACUACAGUUCUUGAAAAAGUCAUUAGCUUUCUUCAGAAACAUAAUGAAUUCUCAGUGCAGACAGAAUUUUGUGAUGUUCAUCAGGAAUGGAAGCCCUCUUUUCUCAGCAAUGAAGAAUUCACUCAACUGAUGUUGGAGGCACUGGAUGGGUUUGUUAUAGCAGUCACCACUGAUGGAAGCAUCGUGUAUGUUUCUGAUAGCAUCACACCUCUUCUUGGACACUUGCCAUCUGAAGUCAUGGAUCAAAAUUUGUUAAAAUUCCUCCCAGAACAAGAACAUUCAGAUAUUUAUAAAAUAUUAUCAUCUCAUAUGCUUCUAAUGGAUACUGUUUCAUCGGAUUAUCUAAAAUGUAAUGAGGAUUUAGAAUUUUACUGCCAUCUUCUACGAGGAAGUCUGAACCCAAAGGAUUUUCCAACAUAUGAAUACAUAAAAUUUGUAGGGAAUUUUCUAUCUUACAAUCAUGUGCCUCUAUCUGACUGUCACAGCUCUAAAGAUGCUGUUCCUAGGGGUUACAGAAGACCACAAGGAAAACAAAUCUGCUUUGUUGCUACUGUUCGGCUGGCCACCCCUCAGUUUUUAAAGGAAAUGUGCAUAGUUGAAGAAUCUUUAGAGGAAUUCACUUCAAGACAUAGUUUGGAAUGGAAAUUUUUAUUUCUGGAUCACAGAGCCCCACCAAUUAUAGGAUAUUUGCCUUUUGAAGUGCUGGGAACUUCUGGCUAUGAUUACUAUCAUAUAGAUGACCUACAGCUCUUGGCACAAUGCCAUGAACACUUGAUGCAAUUUGGCAAAGGGAAAUCUUGCUGCUAUCGAUUUUUGACCAAAGGACAGCAAUGGAUCUGGCUACAAACGCAUUACUAUAUCACCUACCAUCAGUGGAACUCCAAACCAGAAUUCAUUGUGUGCACUCAUACAGUAGUGAGUUAUGCAGAUGUUCGAGUGGAAAGGCAACAAAAUCUGAUUUUAGAAGAUGCACCUAUAGAUAUCAUCUCUUCAGUAUUAAAGGACAAUGUCCCAGAUUUGAAUUCUCAGCAGCAUUUUAAAUCACUUGAAUUAGACACAGCGGUUCUCAACACCAGCCAGAUAUUUUCUAUGUCUUCUCAUGGUUUACACAAAUCUUUGCCUUCAUCCUUGCCUGAAAUGGCAACCACAAUAACAAAGCCCAUCCCAGAGUCUUCCUCAUUGCAAAGAUCACUCAUCAUACAGCAGAACUUACCAAAAGAGAGGUCUAAACUGCCUGCUACAGCUCAACUCUCUUCCCAAUUUACUAUGUUUCAAACCAUCAAGAACCAACUUGAGCAGCGAACCCGUAUACUGCAAGCUAACAUUCAGUGGCAGCAAGAAGAGUUGCAGAAAAUCCAAGAACAGCUGUGCAUGGUACAAGAUUCCAAUAUACAGGAUAAAAAAUCUGUGAGAAUCUUGGAAGAGAUUCAAGAUGGUUGUCAUUCUUCUGGCAAUUUAACCUCGCCCUUGAGCAAUGCUUCUGUGCUCUCACCAUCUUUGGCUAUAGCACCAUCUCCUGCUAUUUCACAGGAUAGCAGCCUCCAGCAAAGCCUUACAGAUUUGGGCCAUGAUCGACAACUAAGACUGCUACUUAGUCAACCUGUUCAGCCAAUGAUGCCUGGAUCCUGCCAUGCAAGGAUAACAGAUGUUGAUGUGGCUGGUCACAGCAAAAAGUAUUUUCAAAAAAUACAAUCUUGCCAAGGUUUGGAAGCACAAACUUCCAGCAACAGUUCACCAGUGGUGCUUAUGAGACAACUAGGAUUGUACACAGGAUUCUCCGGAGCAUCUCCAUCUCAGUCCUCAUCUUUGCAAUCUAUGCAUCAACAUCUUCCACAGCAAUGCUACCUUCAGGUACAGCCGGCAGACUCUCUGCACAAGGUGCAAGCAGAUUCUCUGUCUGUCUCUCUACAGGAAGGAGGUAUCGAGUACCACCACAUGCCAAUGAAGCAACAACCUGGUACCAGAAGUAUCAUGAGCUUACCUGAAAAUUUAAAUGUGCAACAUCGGCAAUAGAUUCUGCCUUCUCUGUCAAUGUACAAUUAACUUCAUUAGUGGGAGGAAAAUGUUUGUGUUAUAUGGAAUAUUAGGACCUUGGUGAAAUAGUGCAAUAAAAUGGAAAGGGAACAUUUUGCAGGUAUUUGCACUAUUUUGUAGUUAUGUUAUGAAAUAAUAAGACUGCAGUGUUUUGGAUUCCAUUUACAAAGAGUGUUUCACGGUUAUGUGGGAGUAUGAAUGUAGCACUUGUUUGCAACAUCUGAAUGGAAGUGUGUGUUUUCCUAGGAAAGAUGUACCUAAUUUAAGGUUUUUCAUAUUGUUGCUACACGUACUUCCAUUUUAGAUGGAAUCUAAAAUGCUGCAAAGCAAUAAUGACCACUAAUACUAAUAUGUACCAUUAAUUUGACACUAACUGCUACAUGUUCCUAGAAGUCUCAGCUGAAUAGUUUGAUCAGAAAGUGUUAAAGUGGGAAAAACACUUGGCUUUCAUUAUUUUGAUCAUUUAAAAUGAAAACCCUUGGUUAGAAAAUAUAUAUUCAGAAGAUUUUAUUUUUUAUUAUGGCUUAUUGUUAAUUGUUUUGCACAACUGCACAAAGAGCAUAACUUGGCACUUUGAAUUAGGAAAAUUCCUCUUUCAGCAGCCAAACAAGCAGUGAGAUAGAUCAUGCUGUCAUUUCUUUAGAACAACCGACACAUCUUUAAUCUGUACCCUUUGGACUCUUAAAUUACAAGUAUUAAACUUGUUAUCAUCACUCCACCCAAGGUUUCUACUGUCAAGAAAUUACAAUGGACAGCUUCCUAUUCAUUUAGUAUAGUAUAAACAGUUAACCUAAGCACAAUCACGCAGCUAUUUAUUCCAACAUAAAAUCAUGCUGUCCAAACUCUUUAUAUUUUUUUCUUAUAAUGGAAGAGUUUUUUUGCUAGUCACAGAACAAACAGCUGAAGAAUAUGCACUGUGUCACAGCCCGUUAAGUGGAAAAAUGCUGCAAUUCUAUUACAUAUCUAUUUCAUGAUUACAUUUAAGGUGGAACUUUCCUUAAAGCGUUGCACUUUGUAUGCUUUGCAUUAAUGUUUCUAAGAGAUAUUUUAUGUCAUUAUAGAAUAAGUAGCGUAAAAAAUGUUGUUGUUAAAAAAAUCAAAACCCUGACCAAUUUCUAUAUAAAAUAAAAGUGUAUGGGAAUAUGUGGAGAUUAUUUUGUGUAUGGAAGAUGAACUGCUCUUAGUUUUUUGUAAUAAUUUUUAUUAGAGAUUGCAAAUACAAAGACUAAUACAAACUGAGAAAAAUAUAAAAAGUAAAGAGAAAAAGAGAAGUAAAAAGAGAUAGAAAAAAGGAAAUAAAAAGAAACAAACAACAAAAAACAAAUAUAUAGAAAAGUCGACUCCCCCUCCUCCAGAGAAGUAUAACUUCAGUAACUUAACUUCAGUAAAAAAACACUCCUCUCCAUAUCUCAUCCCUUAGCAAUAAUCAAAUUAUAAAAGCCCAUCAUUCAGUUCUAAUCAGCAAAAGUCUAUUAAAAGCUACCAGAUAUAGUAACAUAUUAUAUUUUAAUAAAUCUACUUUAUAUUCCAAUUUAUUACUUUAUCUAAGAUGAACUCUUUUUUAGAACUCUUGUUUUUAAACUUUUUUGUGGGUGAGAAUUUAAAUAUAGUAAGACAGCUUGAGAGUUAUAGGUUUAAUACACCUGUCUACAAUAUGCUCUUGGUAAGACAUAUGCUUUGAUUGAAAACAUACAGGGCUAAACCACCCUGUGAUUUUUUUUAACAUGGUCAUUGCCUAAGGCUUCUAUCCAUUGUGUCUUCCAUUUCUCAGUCCUGUCCCUUGAGGCAAGUAGCAGCAUUCAAAAGGCAUAGUAUUCAGCAAGAUUAAUAAGUUAAUUAUUUAGCGUGUAAUACAACAUAUACAGUAUGGAGUGAAUGCAGAUGCUCAUUUACCAAGUAGUAACAUAUUAAGGCAUAUAGGAAAUAUUCCUCUGUAGCUUUCCCCCCCAUACAAUCAGCAUAAUUAUCUGACACUUCUGUUGUCUAACCCAGUUAUACAUAUUCAAUGCCAUUUAAAUGUCUGAUGUUUAGAGGCUGAUAGGAUAGUACAGAUUGUCCUUAGUUAACUAUCAAUUGCUUAGCAACCAUUCAAAAUUGCAAUGGCACUGAAUGAGUGAUAUUUAUAACUGAUCCUCAAAGUUCCAGCCUUCCUAGGGUCAUAUGGGUGAUCUGAGCACUUGGCAAUUGGCUUGCACUUAUGAUGGUUGCAGCAUUCCCAGUCAUGUGAGCGCCAUAAUGCAACUUUCCUUUCCUUUCUCACAAGAAAAGUCAUUGGGGAAGCCAGCAGAGAAAGUUGGAAAUUGGUCCUGUAAGUUUUUCUCCAGGGAUCUCAUACUGUGUAAUGUUUUUGCCACAAUAUCCCCUUUCCAGACCCAUGCACUUUUGUAGCACCGCAGCACCUCCUCCCCAGCCUGUAUGCACUCGUGUGGUGCCAGAGCACCCCGACUCAGGAAUGGGACAACUCACCAUGGCCAGCUCAGCACGGGACAACUCGCCACAGGACAAUUUAACAAUUCAAUUAUUUAAAAUAAAUAAAAAAUCAUUUUAAUUGUUGUCAUUCACAUUUGAUUUUGUCCCUCCUUUUGCAUCCUUUUCUUAAUGAUUCUAUUCCACCAUUUAUUUGAUAUUAAGUGUAAUUCUUGUCCUGCAACGAGUUGUUCCCAGCGUGAGUUGGUUAUGACGAAUUGGCUAUGGUGAGUUGGCAUAGACCUUCCUGACUCACUUUGGAAUACUUGCCUACCCUCUGACCUGCUUGUGAGCCACUCAUGACUUGCAACUUCCAGCUAGCUUCCCCAUUGACUUUACUUAUGGGAAGGCUGCAGGAAGUUGAAAAUCAUAGUCAUGUGAGGUUCUUGCUUAGUGAGUCAUGAUUUUUUUGGUUAACAAUGGCAACAGGGACUGCCAGGAUUGUUCUAAGCCAGCAGCUCCCAACCUUUUCUAUACCCUGCACCCCUAAAACGCUUCUGAUAUAUUCUUGCACCCUUUACAAAAGUUCGACAUAACAGUAACGAUUUAUGCAUAUACAUUGUAAUUUUAAAAACCCAAGUUUUUGCACCCCCGGUUGGGAACCCUGCUCUAAGCGAUGUGGUCAUGUAACAUCAUGCUUUACGAAUGCAGUAUUUAGCAAACAGAAAUUCUGGUCCCAAUUACCAUUGUUAAGCGAAGACUAUUUGUAUGUUUAAUCAAAUUGUAUUAAUUUUUCUAUUUAAUGUUUAAGGUCAUGAUCACAACAUUUUCUGUUCUCACUAUGUUGCUACUAUGGAUGCAAUAUAGCAGUGUUUCAAAAAGCUUGUUGCUACAAAUGGUAUACCUUGAAAAUAGCCAUAUUUCUCUCAAUGUCGUACCAUAGCAAACUUUGCCCUUCAAGAAUUUUAGUUACUGUAGAGUUCAUAUACAUGCCAUGGUGAGCUGACAGCUUGCUAGCUUUUUUUGACUUGCAAGACAGCUUUUCCAAGGGAAUCACCGGUGGAUCCUAACUGGCAUAAUCUCUCCAGAACAAAGGAGAGAUAAAUUGAGAUUAUUCAUGUGGCUCUGGACAACUGCUUCUCAUGAGCAAACUGUGGAAAUUGCUGUUUUUAAAUGCUUAUACGUGGUAUGGCUGACAAUCGGGACUAUGUUAAGCUCAUACUCACAAAACAGCCUUUAUGGAUAUUAAAUUAUGCCAAGCCUUAUAUGUUAAUCUUGUUUUUGUAUUUUUUGUUUUUUGCAUAUUAAGACUCUUCAGACUGGCAAGGUUUUUUUUUACUGUAUUCAUUGGAUGAGAUUCCACCUCCUUAAAAGAUGAUGGUGUAAAUUUUAUUUUAAAAGCUUUAAAAAUAUAUUAUAUUUGGAGCAAAAGGAAUUUAGUAUAUGGAUUUUGAAAGGUAGUAAUAGAUUAAGGGGCUAGAGGGAUUUGGAAUUAUAGUUUUGAAUUAUUUAGAAGAUAUUUUCCCAAUGGAAAAUAGAGAUUACUUUAUUGUUUUUUAAUGGGAAGGAGACCUUGAAGGCUGGACACUAGAGCCAGAGGAUAAGAACAGAAACCAUUAGUGCAUUUUUAUAGAAUGGAUCAAAUGAUUAAAAAAUUAACAGAUCAUAUUCUAAUGAAGUUGUAAAACAACUGUGUGAGCUUCAAUGGAUGUCUAUGAAAUUAAUUUGAAGGGGAUUUAAAAGUAAUACAAAUGGAUUAGAUAGAUGACUCAUUCUUUAAAGGAGAUGAAUAGAUUUUAAACCAGGAAUCUGAUCUGGAUAUCUUUUUAGUCUGAACAGACAAAAGAGCUCUGCUAAGAUUUCAAAGGAUUUUUUUUAAGUGACAAAGGAUAAUUUUAUGUAUUGAUACAAAAGAAAUCUAUUAAAGUUUUGAAGGAUUUUUGCUUGAAACACAGCUAAGCAGCACAUCUCUGAGAUUUUUUUUUAAAAAAGAGUCAAAGAAUAAUUCUAAAAAAUCAGAAAAUAUGUAUAUGGUAGACUUAUUUAACCAGGGUUAAAAGAAGACAAUAAUUGAAUUUGGUUGCCCUUAUUGGACUUUUGCUGACAAAGAUGGAUUUAUGUAUCAUUUGGAUCUUAUUUUUCUUACCUAAGAGAUGAGACAUGGAGAGAUGAGAGAUUAUGUUUUAUUUAGAGGCAGUGAUAAGUUAUUAAAGUUGUUUUUAUCUGCUGGAAUGAAGGGGAAAGUCAUUUCUUUUUUCUUUCUCUUUCUCCCUUUUUUAAAUUACACCCCCUUUCUUUUUAUAUUUUUAUGUUUGUAUUUUUGUAAUUUGUAUUGACUUUUAUUCUCAUGUAUAAUUCUU